AUGUCCCAGCCUAACAUCACUCUCUAUACCACCCAGACUCCCAACGGAAUCAAAAUCUCGAUUGCUCUGGAAGAGCUGGGAUUGCCCUACAAGGUUGAGAAGAUCGAUAUUUCCAAAAAUACACAGAAGGAAGACUGGUUCCUCGAAAUCAAUCCCAAUGGCCGUAUCCCCGCCCUGACCGACACUUUCAGCGAUGGCCAGACCAUUCGCCUCUUCGAGUCUGGUAGCAUUCUGCAAUACUUGGUCGAGCGAUAUGACCCUGAUCACAAGAUUUCUUAUCCUGCGGGCACCCGCGAAUACUACGAGACCAACAACUGGCUCUUCUUCCAGAAUGCGGGCGUCGGUCCCAUGCAGGGACAGGCUAACCACUUCGGGCGCUAUGCUCCCGAGCGCAUCGAGUAUGGUGUGAAUCGCUAUGUGAACGAGACCCGCCGCCUGUACAGAGUCCUUGACGACCACCUUGCCAAGUCAAAGUCGGGCUAUUUGGUGGGCGAUCGUGCCACUAUUGCUGAUAUCUCUCACUGGGGAUGGGUGGCCGCCGCAGGAUGGGCUGGUAUUGACAUCGAGGAGUUCCCCAACUUGAAGGCAUGGGAAGAGCGCAUGGCAGCGCGGCCAGCUCUUGAAAAGGGCCGCCACGUUCCUAGUCCCCACACCAUCAAGGAGCUGUUGAAGGACAAGGCUGCGAUGGAGAAGAGCGCUGCGCAGGCUAGAGAGUGGGUCCAAGCGGGUAUGAAGCAGGACGCAAAGAACAAGAUCUGA